CCCCCAGCCAGCACAACUAUGUAUAUGAGGCCAUCACACGCUACGGUUCACACACUCGCCGCCAUGAAGACCCAUGUGUUGUUUGUCCUGCUGGUUGGAGGAGCUCUUGCGGCUCCUUCGACUCGUUCCCGUCCACACCGUCCCAUCCACCCCCUGACGAUCGUAGGCGGAAACAACGUGACCCUGGGAGAGCUACCAUACCAAGUCAAUCUUCAGGAUAUCUCCUACGGGUUUCCAUACCACUUCUGCGGCGGAUCUAUCAAAUCCGAGCUCUGGGUGGUGACGGCGGCUCAUUGUGUCGACGAUAUUGAUGCAAACAAUCCCGAUUUUAUCCAGGCUGUGGCGGGGGAGGUGGACCAGGUAGUCAACGAAGCAUCAGAGCAAGUCAUCAUCCUCUCCCGUAUUAUUAUCCAUGAGAAUUACGAUGGAUUUGCCAUCAUCAACGACAUCGCCCUCCUGAAGCUCUCAAGUUCUCUUACCUUCAACGAGUUCGUGCAGCCCCUCCCACUGCCUCCCGUUGACCACAACUCCCAGGGAGACUGUGUCGUGUCAGGCUGGGGCUCCACGACCGAGGGAGGCGAUCCUUCAGAAAUCCUGCAGAAGGUCACUCUCCCGGUGUGGUCAGAUCAUGACUGUGGUAAUGCGUACCCGAACGAAAUCGAAGCGGGUAUGUUCUGUGCCGGGGUGACAGACGGAGGCCAGGACGCAUGUGGGGGUGACUCUGGCGGGCCCCUGGCCUGUGACGACCUACCCGAGAGGUACCUGGCCGGUAUAGUGUCGUGGGGGUAUGGGUGCGGCCAGCCAGGCUUCCCCGGCGUGUACACUAAGGUAUCACACUACGUGGAUUGGAUCAACAGUCACGCCGUGUGAGGAGACCUGCUUCUUUGUGUGUGUCUGUGUGUGUGUGUGUGUGUGAGUGAGAGAGAGAGAGAGAGUCCGUCUGCUGUGCUCUUUUUAGGAGACUUUUAUGGUAUACUGAAACAAGAAUGUCUCUAAUUAAUACACCUAA